AUGCUGUGGUCGAUAACGUCGCCACUUCCGCGAGCGGCACCACGCCUCUUCGUUCCACGCCCCCUUCCAGGCGUCCAAAGGUUCAAGAAGCACCUCCCCGCAGACCUCGCCGGCAUCGACGGGCUGGCUGCCCUGCGGCAGGAGGACCGCGAGGCCGUGGAGCAGCUCCUGCUGGCCUGCCGGGGGGAGGCCGAGGUCCCGGCCGCGCCGGCGGGGCCGGAGCCGGAGGAGACCCCGGCCAAGGGCAGCAAGAAGCGGAAGGCCAAGGAGGGCGGCGCGGACGAGAGCGCCGGCGGCGCGCCGGUGAAGGCCCCCAAGGCCAGCCCGGUCCUGACCGCGGAGCAGUCGGCCGCAGUGGCGGAGGCGAAGGCCAAGCUGGCUGGCAAGAACGCGGCGUGGCUGGGCGCGGCCCUGGCCAAGAACGGCAUGCCGAAGAGCGGGCGCAAGGACGAGCUAGUGGACCGCGUGGCCGAGUGCCUCGCGUUGGGCGUGCCGCCAGAGUGCUCGCAGUGCGGCAAGAGGAAGCUGUCCUGGUCCCGCGCCACGGGGAAGUACUCCUGCCCAGGGUACUUCGACGACGAGACGAAGGCGUUCAAGCGCUGCAAGGGCCCGGCGGACGGGGCCGAGGUGCGGCGCACGCCCUGGGAGGAGCUGUGA